AUGUCCACAGAACGUCUUGAUGUUGCUGCCGAAGUUGUGCAGUCGCUUCACGCUGGUGUCGGCAUCGCCAGUCAUGCUCACCCAUCGGUCAGUUCCGUAUCAUCAGACGAUGGGGGCCGUCCAUACUUCGAAAACCUUCUGGCAAACGUUGCUUUCGAUGUCGAGUUGCACGGUAUCGCUCUCCAUUCGAAUACAUCACUUACAAUCAAUCAUCUCGACGUAAUUUCGUGCUGGAAAGGUAUCUCCAACGCCCAAGCGCUAGAGCUUACGCUAUGGGAGCGUUUGUUCCAGAGAUGUCUGGUCUCUCAAGUCGAGAAUGACUUGCGACGCCUCACUAUUGUUCAACUAAACAAAAUCCGGGACGAUCUCGAAGGCGAAGAACCUUUGACUCUUUUAUUACAAGGCCUUCCCAGCAAGCAAAGCCGUCUCAUCGAAGUCAACUUGCCGAAUCUCAUCCAUCAUAUCAUCGAUGCUUUCUACAACGAUCACUCCAGUCAGAACGCUGCCAGGAACUUUCGAUGGUCGCUUGGGUCUGGCGAUCUUCCAGGCUUUGUUUACAAUUACAUUGCAACGCACGAUUGCUUCCUGCGCAGUUCGGAGGGGGUUUUCAUGUCGGCUGAAGUGACACUCGAUUACUAUACCAUGCCCGUGGUUCAUGCUAUCACCAGAGUACAUUGGCAACCGCCCGAUGUUAAGUUUGAGCAUGUUCCUUCGCAACUCGGACCGAGAGGCCAGUAUCACAUCGCCCCAUAUCGUGAGCCAGACAGUUCGAGUUACAAUCGCUUUCCCGAUGACGUCGUUUACACUGUGACGCGUUCCACGUCCAUGAUCCAAUGGGAUAAGUUCAGCGAAUUAUUCCGUGCACAGGCACCGGAUACUCCAACGACAUCCGAGACGCUUAUUCAAGCCAGUAUCGUCACAAAGUUUCCAGAAGACGUGCGCUUCGAGCGUGUUUCGCGAUAUGUCGUCAAGGUUGAGAUUGUAGACACGCUUCAGGUCCAUGCGGUACCAGACGAAUACAGACCACAGACCGAGGACGCAUCGACGCCCCCAAUUCCGUCAUAUAUCAGCGAGCCCUGGUCCAACAACCUCGCUUCACCUAGGCUUCAACAGCAUCGUGACUCCAAACCUGCUUUCUUUGGGGCAUUGAGAAAGCGCUUUCCCGAUUCACCCAAGAAACGAAAGGCUGUGUUACGCUCCACAAGCUAUGACGGAAUGUCACCAGUGGAACUGGUAUAUGAUGAAUCUGACACUGACGUCAAACGUCAGAAGCUGGCGCUGCGUGAUGAUAUCGACAUGCACGCUGCAACCUUUGAAUCGCAAAGAUACCAGUCUGCGGUGGAGGAGUGCGAAGUUGUGCUCGAAGCGCUCGACACCUUUCGUCAGAAUGUAGAGAACCGAACUACAUCUGUUGAGCGGGAACCCAGUGAAGUGGCACUUCGUCUAUAUGCGGCAGUUGCUCCGGCAUUUCACGUGGUCUACGCAGCAAUCAAAAAAGAAUUGUUGGAACUAAAGGACCCGAAGGACGAUUGUUGUCACACGCCUGUCAAAGAAAAAAAAGAGAUCCCAAUUAUCCCAACUGGUCAAGUGCCCACACCACCAGACUCCCCCAUGGAAUCUAGAUCUAGCUUCGCCAGCACUUCCGAAUCGGCCAGCAACACAAGUAUUCCCAAUAUCGCGAAUUCAGCUAUGGAACUGAGCAGCCCCCACCACCUGCGCUCAAGUGAGCUUUCUCAAGACGAGAUUCAAAAGAAUUAUCGCGAGUUCGAGGAGGUUGCCAAACGCAGGAAGACUGAUCCCACUACCACAUUUAGCUGCGAUGUGGGCGAUAUAGAAUUUGAGCGCAUCUUCAUGGAAGACAGUGAGGUAGAAGGGGUUAGUGGGCUAAGCGGAUUGAGUGACGGUAUGGGCGGGCUGAUGGUGGAUGAGGAUUAG